ACAAUCUUCACUGCAGAGCACACCACGCAUGGGCACAUCAAGAUGCACCAUACCUACACCAAUGUGGUGGGCCUGGGGGACUCCAGCACGUGGACGCUGCCUUAUCUCAAUGCUGUCUACAUGUUCCUUGCUCCUUUCCUCCUCCCCAUCGUCACUCCACUGGUGGCUGUCGAGCGGCUGAGGAAGGUGGAGCUCAGGACAGCCCUGCGGACGCUGGCCCUGAUUUCCCUGGGCCUUUAUUCUCACUACUGGCUGCUCCUGAAUGUGUCAGGCUUCAAGAGCCCCAGCUCGGCCCUGGGCUGCAUGUUCCUCACCAGCCUGUUGGCCCACCCCUACCACCACGUUAACAUCUUCCAGCACAUUGUGCCCAUGUUCUCCCGGGACAAGCCCCGCUGGAUACACAUGAUGAGCCUGAGAGUGCUUAACCUGGCCCGGGUGCCUGUGCUGGACUGGGCGUUUGGCCACUCGAUCAUCAGCUGCCAUGUGGAACAGCACCUCUUCCCCAGGCUCUCUGAUAACAUGUGCCUGAAGGUGAAGCCCGUGGUGUCCCAGUUCCUCCAUGAGAAGCAGCUACCGUACAACGAGGACUCGUACCUGGCUCGCUUCCGGCUGUUUCUCUGUUGCUAUGAGGAAUUCAUGGUGCAGGCCCCACCUAUCACUGAGCUCGUGGGGCUGCAAUGAGGCCGGGCCAGUGCAGCCACCCCGUCCCUCCCUGGCCCUCCUGCUGCUGUUGGCCCAGGCGGUGUGGCUCAGUGGCUGGUGGCGGACCUGGAGAGUGGAGGCACCAGGCAGGCAGGGGGGCAGGGGAGCUCAGGCCUGGGGUCUGGGGUCCACCUGCCUUGCGUGCUUUUCUGGGUUUUGAGGGGUGUCUGGGGGAGGUGGUAAUGGUGGCUGUGCAUUCUGGUCAGUCGGGACCUCAGCAACUUCAUCUCAGGACUAAAGAGCUGGGUCCUUCCCCCUGCUCUAUCCUUGGUAGGACUAAGGGGAGGUGACAAGGUGAGUGAGGAGGGAUACUGUGCAGGGGCCACCUGGGAGACAGCAGGGGACACAGAAAGAUCAGGGUCAGUUCCCUCGGCUGGGACCUCCCUGGCAUUGGGACAGCCCCACAUGGCCUUGGCCACUGUUUCCUUCAGGCUCUGCGCACCAAGGUGCCCUCUCCCUGGGGACCUCAGGGUGAGCUUGCUUUUGGCAGGCCUUCCUCAAUCCUCAGCCAAAGGAACCUAUGCAAGGCACUGGCUCAGCAGUUCCCCAGGCCGCAGUAUCAGUGAGAUAAAAGUGAGUGUGUUUUGUGGGGAGGGAACUCCAGGGGAAGUGAGGGGAGAAGGUUCCUCAGGGACAGAGUCGGGGAAAGAGUAUAAACAGCAGGCUGGGGGAGGUGGCUCACGCCUGUAAGCCCAGCACUUUGGGAGGCCGAGGCGGGCGGAUCAUGAGGUCAGGAGUUCGAAACCAGCCUGGCCAAUAUGGUGAAACCUUGUCUCUACUAAAAAUACAAAAAUUUAGCUGGGUGUGGUGGCGGACACCUGUAGUCCCAGCUACUGGGGAGGCUGAGGCAGGAGAAUCGCUUGAACCUGGGAGGUGGAGGUUGCAGUGAGCCAAGAUUGCACCAUUGCACUCCAGCCUGGGCGACAGAGAGAGACUGCAUCUCAAAAAAAAAAAAAAAAAAAAAAAAGA